AUGAAUUUGUCCGAUCAAGCCGAGUCUGAAUCGCCUAAAACUGUGUCAGUGAUAGUUCAGGAUGGAAAGGAAUUCAAGACGCACAGACAUGUUCUUUCCGAGGCAAGUCACUUCUUUGAAAAACUCCUCACCAGCAACAUGAAAGAAAAUAACGAAGGAGUAAUUCGAUUGGAAUACUUCACGGAGUCGCUGAUGAAAGAUGUUCUCGAGUUUAUUCACACUGGAAAUGUUUGCAUUUCGACAGGUGGAAAUGCCGCAGAGCUCAUUGCAGCGGCAGAUUACCUGUGUCUCUCCAAGCUCAAGUCGUUUGCUGGGAAAUUCAUCGAGCAGACCAUGUCCUCUUCAAACUGCGUUUCGACUUACUUCAUGGCUGAGAAAUUCUAUCAUUCCGAGCUGUUGGACAGCGCGCGGAAGUUCAUCUUAUCAAAUUUUGCCAGAGUCGCACAAACAAAAAAUUUCCCUCGUUUACCGAGUCACGAAGUUGAACAAUUAGUGUCCAGCGACGAUGUCGUAAUCAAUUCAGAGGAAGACGUUUUUAAAGCAAUUAUAAAGUGGACUAUUCACAAGAAAAGUGAAAGAAGCAAAGAAUUCUGUAAUCUCUUCCGUCACGUUCGCUUGACCCUUCUUUCGCGUGACUUUUUACUGAAUGAUGUCGUGACAAACGAAAUUGUGACAGGAAGUGAAGAGUGUCUCGGUAGCGCGACUCACGCGUUAGCUUGGAUGGAUCGUGCAGCCUAUGGUGACCUUUCAAGAUCGUUUCCUCCGCGAAAGGCACUCGAGAAGUGUGUCAUCGCAAUUUGCAGAAAGCAUGAGCCUUUAGAGAACCCUCUUUUUUACCUUCCCAAAAAGGGUGAUAUUUUUCGCUUGCAGGGUAUGGCCAAAACUGACUGUGUACCUGAACAUGUUUUCUCAUGCCGGGGGAAACUAUUUUUCAUUUCCAAAGAAAUUGAUAAAUCGCAAUAUUAUGACCCAGAUUUUAACUGCUGGCAUGCAGCACCCUGGACAAAAACCGAUUCAGAAAUUAACUGGCUGCACUGGCGAGUAAUGGGUAGACCAGUUCGUCGCAAAGUAGUAGUCGUUCAGAACGAAAUUUGUUUCAUUGAGGAAGAUCUAGAUGAAGUAUCAAGCUGUCUCUGGAAAUUCAACCUGGACACGAAUUCCACGAGUUGCACGAAGGACUGGCUAGAAACAACAAGAAUUUGUGCCGUAACAGUGGGCAAGUACAUUUAUGUUAUAGGUGGGGCUAGAGACAUAAAUAUUAUCGCACAAUGUUCAAAGUUUGACGCCGCGGAAAACAAAUGGGAGAAGUUGGCGAAUUUAAACAUGGCGAGGUUUGAUGCCCUUGGAGUUGGAACACAAGAAAAGAUUUACGUCGCUGGAGGGUGGCUGGACUUCGACGAGUGUACCAACACGUGUGAAGUUUACUACGAGUUUACAGAUGAAUGGCACUCGAUGGGUCGAUUAACAGUUUUCCGGCCUUUUGGAAACAUGGUGUUAAUUGAUAAUUCUUUGUACGCGCUGGGUGGUGCUUUGCAUGAGUUUUUCGGAAAUGUAUGGUCAAUUGAGGGCUACGACCACGAAAAAGAUGAGUGGAUAGAAAAGGAACGUACCCUCUUUGUUGAAAAUAUUACGCAGUACAAAGCGUCUUCCUUUACAUAUUUGAAAAAUGGGUCAAUCAAGUUGAAACGUUACAAAGGUAUCUUUCAAUGA